GUGAGCUUGCCGGGAAAUAUGCUGUUGCCACUCCUUGAGAUAAUUAUGGUUAGUCUUCUUUGCUUGUCAGUCCUGCAGUUGAUAAAACGUUUGUGACACCGUAAGAACAUGAUCGUCUGAGUAAUUAGCCGACACUGCAAAGGAAGGAGCUCGAGGAAAAGUUCCCGUACCGCAAACACAAGAUAGCAGGCACUGAAGAAUCAAACUGGAUGAUCACAAACAGGAUUGUCUGGAAUAUCUGGAUGGUUCUGUUCCUAGAACCCUGCCUCCAUUCUAGAAACCUCCCAUUCCGUACUGCAGGCGAACCCCAUCCAGGACCCAGACAAUGAGACGUGUCCAGGCCCUCAUGGUCAUGGCCUUCCUGUGCAGCCUCUGCCUCAUCUUCUUGUACUCCUCACUCAAUCUCCAUCUGGCCCACAGACACAGAGCUCUACUGGAGGUCUCAGACGACUCCAGGCGUGAGGUCAGCUUUGAAACACUGUCCACCAAGCAGGUCCCAACUUACCCCAGACUGACCUCCACUGAGGACGGUAUAAAAAGUGUUCCUAUUCAGUUCACUGUUACGCCUCCUCCCGAUCUCCACCAAGCUGCUGUCUUUGCCGCCAUCAAGAAGGCUAUACCUCAGAACACAGCUUAUUGGAACCGCGUUUUUUACUCUGGCAUUGGACGACUGGAAAAGGGGGGGAACUCAACAAGAAACGAAGGACUGGACUGGUCCCGUUGCCGACACAACCUCGAGCAGCUGCGGACAAACAUUCAUGACUUUACUUCCUAUCCGGAACUCCACCAGGACUUCCUGCUUGGGAUGGAGUGUAGAAACCCUCCUAUACUGAUUGACCAACCAGAGAAGUGCACCUCGGAAGAUGGAGAAACAUUCCUCCUCUUCGCCAUCAAGUCGACCCCGGGGAACUUUGAGCAGAGACAGGUGGUACGGGAGACGUGGGGUCGAGAAGCGGUGUAUGGAGGAGGGGUCAGAGUUCGUAUAGUGUUCCUGCUGGGAUCCUCAUCAUUGGACGAGCCCGACCUGAGCCAGCAACUGGUGUUUGAGGCGCGUCACCACGGCGACCUCCUCCAAUGGGACUUCCACGACUCGUUCUUCAACCUCACACUGAAGGAGCAUGUGUUUUACAGGUGGGUCCUGAGCCGCUGUCCUAAAGUCUCCUUUGUCUUUAAAGGGGACGACGACGUCUUGGCCAACACGGAGGCCAUACUGGGCUACCUGCAGUCCCUGGCGCCUAGCAAGACCUCGACGCUCUACCUGGGCCAGAUCAUCUCCACUGCUAGUCCCCUCCGCGACUCUAAGAGCAAGUACUACAUCCCACCGACCUUCUACGACGGGCCUUACCCUGCGUACGCCGGGGGAGGAGGCUACCUCUUCUCGGGGUCGUUGAUCAGACGGCUUUACGGCGUCUCCAAGUUCCUCCCUUUCUACCCCAUCGACGACGUUUACUCUGGGAUGUGCUUCAACGCACUAGGAAUACUUCCAGAGGCACACAAUGGCUUUCAGACGUUUGACAUUCGUGAGCAGGACCGGGAGAACCCGUGCGUUCAUAAGGAUCUACUGCUGGUGCACCGACGGAGCCCUCGGCAGAUCAUUCGUCUGUGGAGGAGCAUACACAACCCCGUGCUCAUAUGUUGAAGGGCUAGGGUCUCACUAAGCCUUGCUGGUAGAUGUUGACCCCCCCUUCACCACUGACACAGGGUCCUAGAUGUUGAAUAACCAAUUUCCUCUAUUCAUAUGCUGAACUAUGGCUGCACAUUUUUGGGAACUCUCAAAUUCCCUCGUUUUCCAGAACCUGGUUGGAGGGUCCCUGGAUUUCCUGCUUAUUCCUUCCUGGUUUGCGGUAAUCUGCUAAACUGGGAUUCCUUGAAAACCAGGGAAUUUAUUUAGGUUUUGGCAACUGGAUUUUUGCAGCUGACCACACAAGCCCUGUUCAUAUGCUGAAUGGCCUGAUUUGAGCCAGAUGUCUUUCCACCCCCUAAUGGUUAAGAUCUGAUCCGAGGGCCAUGUCUACCUUUUUUUAGCUUCACUCACUCAGGGAUGUUUUCCACGACGACGGUUGCAAAAAUCCAUGAACUUUCCCAAAAUGUAAAUGUUUUUCUAGAAAUCCUGGUUGGAGGAUUCCAGAUUUCCUGUUUUAUUCGCUCCUUGUUUCUAGGAACAAGGGGAUUUUUUGCAGCCCGAGGCGCGACACUCUGGCUGAACAACGAUGUACUGGAACUGUUUCUGCAGACGUGCUCAACCCUUCCGUUUCUGCAGCCAUACUGGAUUACCAGUUAAAAGGUUUAUAUGUAAAUAUGUUGGACAAUGCUUGAGGUGAUUUUCAUUUUUUUGUAGUUUCAUUUUUUUUUUUUUUAACUGAAUUCACAGGAUAUAAAAGGUUUUCCAUUAAGUACCUGUUGAUCUGUUAUUGGUGAAUUUGUGUGUCUGCAUACUGUUCUAGAUAGUUUAUCCCCCAACUCAAGCCCUCGAGUAACUUCACCUGCACACCUUUUGUUGUUGUAGCCCCGGACAAGCACACCUGACUCAACUAAUCAGGUGGGGGGGUGUACUUGAGGACUGGAGCUGGGGAAACCGCUGUUCUAAAUUGCAUCCAGGAUGUGUUUUAUUGCCUGCUGCCUAUUCUGCCUGAGGUUCAGACUUAGUGACUGAGGACAAUAAAAUGUUGCAUACUUUGUGUUGUAAAUUAUUAAAAUAGAUGUUAACUUUUUUUUUUUUGUGGGGAGGUGGAUAAAAAGUGACAUUACGUAAAGAUGUAACAGAUCGUCUUGUUAUUCUCCUCAGGGGAUUAGGACUGUUCUUUUUCAUUGUGCAAAAAUGUAAUAAAAUACUGUUAAACUCA